AUGGAUAGAAAUAGAGAGGCUGGAGAACUGGGGGGAGUUGCUGGUGGAGGAGUGGGGACUCACCAACCAGCCAACCCUACGCUACCUACUUCUUCUACACCAUCUCCUAAUACCGUGGAUCCUGUGAAAGCUUUCUCUAUUGAGAAAUUCAUGGGGGAGGACUACGAGCACUGGAGUUUCCGCAUGAGGCUGAUGUAUACCCAAUACAAGCUAUUGGAUUUGGUGGAGGGGAAGGAGAAGAUGCCGGAGGCCGCGGAGCUGAAAGGAGCGUGGAUGAAGCGAUCGUUCGACGCGUAUAUGCUCAUGGUGCAAGCGUCAUGGUCUGCCCUAACGAUCAACCUCAACUCCCAACAACCCCAAUGGAGCGUGGUUUACAUUCGCGCGCGCAUCCUAGAGGAGGACUUGCGGCGGCGGAGUGUGGAGCGCUCGGAGGAGGGGGCUGGCUAUGGAGUUGGAGGUGGAAAGAGUGGCUUCAAGAAGAAGUGGAAGGGCAAGAAUAAGGAUAACCAUAAGGAGGAUGGCGGCGGGGGUCAAGGGGAGGUGUGCUUCUACUGCAAGAAGCGCGGACAUCGUUGGCGGAAGUGCUACCAACGACCCAAGGAUUGGACCCCGCCUUCAUCAAGCAACCAGCGUGGUGGCACAAGGAGUGGGGGAGUCAUGGGAGCUAGUGGAGACGAGAAGGAUGAGGAGAAAGGCGGCAAAUCUGAGGAGCGGAAGGCCGGGUUCUUCUUCUUCGUGAACGAAGGCGCAACCGACCACGCUAUGGCUGCCAAGUUUGUGGAGGACGUCAUGUACAAGGACUGGCAGCAGCAGCAGCAGGUGCAUAUUGGCUUGCGCCUGCAGGAGAUUGAGCGGUCUGCAGUGGAGGAGGUUCAGCUGCACCUUGAGGAUCUCCCUGGGUCAGAGCUGACCAGUGACCACAGUGGCGGUGGUGAGCAGCAAGGCGCUGGUCCUACUGCGGAGGAGGGGUUGGAGGAUGAGUCGGCACGUGUGGACUCACCAUCUCAGCCCGAGCCUGCUGCAAACACCAAGGUCACCAAGAGGAGUGUGCAGAGAGGAGCUUCACCACAUGGGCAGCAGACUGUAACCCGUGAGAAGAGAGUGGCAGCAGCACCCUCAAGGCUGAACCACAGUGGAGGAGGCACUUAG